CACUUGGCCGGCCAUCCUUCUUCUUAUUUUCUUUUCUUUCUUUUCUUUUCUCUCAUACACUCCUCUUUGCUCUUAUAUCCUCUCACCGGUACUUCCACACCACCACCACCACCAUUUCCACCAUCAUUUUCCGGCAAGAUCACCGGAAAAUUUUUGGAACCUAUAAACACCUUCACACCCUUUUUAAGGUUCUAGCUAAUCUCCUUGGAGCUUGGAGAAUUAGGCUUUGUGGUUGCGAGUGAUCACCCGAUUUGGUUUCCGAAAUCUUUGUGACAAUGGAAUCAAAUCUAGGAAAGAUGUUUGAGGGGAAGGUGUUGGGAAAUGAUCUCGUUGAAGAAGAGAGGGAACUUUCUAAGUCUUCAACUAAUAAGGUUGACCCUGGUAAACCUGCAUUACUGACCUGGCAGCGAAAGUUAAACAGUGAGGGAAGUGCCCUUUCUGAGUUCACUCUAAGUUUGAAAGAGAGAGUUCAGAUGGCUCCAAUAUUAUUUCGGCUGUGGCGCCAUGUCCGAGAAGAGGCUGCUAAAGGAAAUGGGGUUGCAAUCAAUCUAUUUGCUAAACGCCUUGUAACUUCUUGUCAUGGUAUUCCCUUAGGUGGUAUAGGCUCAGGAAGCAUAGGAAGGAGUUACAGAGGUGAGUUUCAGCGAUGGCAACUAUUCCCUAAAAUAUGUGAAGAGAAACCAGUUUUAGCAAAUCAAUUUUCGGUUUUUGUUAAGCGCUCAAGUGGUGAAAAAUAUUCAACAGUGUUGUGCCCAGGGAGCCCAGAGGUGCUUAAAGAAACUGAUGUUUCAGGGAUUGGAUCUUGGGACUGGAAUCUGAAUGGAGGCAACUCUACGUAUCAUGCUUUAUUCCCAAGGUCAUGGACUGUAUAUGAGGGAGAACCUGAUCCGGAACUUAAAAUGGUUUGUCGUCAAAUUUCACCUGUUAUCCCCCAUAAUUACAAGGAGAGCAGCUUCCCUGUAUCAGUUUUUACUUUCACGCUAUACAAUUCUGGAAAGACUGCUGCAGAUGUUACCUUGCUUUUCACAUGGGCAAAUUCUGUUGGGGGGCUUUCUGAAUUUUCUGGUCAGCACUUCAAUUCAAAAAUAAUGAUGAAGGAUGGUGUGCAUGGUGUACUUCUACAUCACAAGACUGCAAAUGAACGGCCACCUGUGACUUUUGCAAUUGCAGCAGAGGAGACUGAUGGUGUUCAUGUCUCUGAGUGCCCUUACUUUGUGAUAUCUGGUAACUCUCAGGGUAUCACUGCAAAAGACAUGUGGCAGGAAAUCAAGGAGUAUGGAUCCUUUGACCGCCUUAGUUCCAUGGAAACGUCAGUGCCUUCAGAACCAGGAUCAUCUAUUGGGGCAGCCAUUGCUGCUUCUCUUACAAUGCCUUCGAAUGCAGUACGUUCUGUAACAUUUUCAUUGGCAUGGGACUGCCCUGAAGUAAAAUUUUCGAGUGGAAAAACUUAUUACAGGCGUUACACUAAAUUCUAUGGUACCCGUGGGGAUGCUGCUGCAAAGAUUGCACAUUAUGCUAUUCUUGAGAAUGGCCAUUGGGAGUCCCAGAUAGAUGCAUGGCAAAGACCUGUUCUUGAAGACGAGAGGUUUCCUGAAUGGUACCCUAUAACUCUCUUCAAUGAGCUCUAUUAUCUUAAUUCAGGGGGGACAAUUUGGACAGAUGGAUCACCGCCGGUUCAUAAUUUAGCAAGCAUUGUACAAAGGAAGUUUUCCCUUGAUAGUUCCAGGCCAGGUUUGAAAGACAUAAUCGAUGUACCCCAUCUAAAUGAUACCGCUGGUGAUAUUCUUGAAAGGAUGACUUCAGUACUUGAUCAAAUCCACACCACAACUUCAUCAAACUCUGCAUUUGGGCCAAAUCUUCUUCAGAAAGGAGAAGAAAACAUUGGGCAAUUCCUUUAUCUUGAAGGGAUUGAAUAUCACAUGUGGAACACUUACGAUGUCCAUUUCUACUCAUCUUUUGCAUUAGUCAUGCUUUUUCCAAAACUUGAACUUAGCAUCCAAAGAGACUUUGCAGCGGCAGUAAUGAUGCAUGAUCCCAGUAAAAUGAAAAUUUUAUAUGAUGGAGAGUGGGUUGGUAGAAAGGUGCUUGGAGCUGUUCCCCAUGAUAUUGGAAUGAAUGACCCAUGGUUUGAAGUAAAUGCUUAUAGCCUUCAUAACACUGACAGGUGGAAAGACUUGAAUCCAAAAUUUGUCCUCCAAGUUUAUAGGGAUGUGGUUGCCACAGGCGAUAAGAAUUUUGCACAAGCUGUUUGGCCCUCUGUUUAUGUUGCAAUGGCUUAUAUGGAAAGAUUUGACAAGGAUGGAGAUGGGAUGAUUGAGAACGAAGGCUUCCCUGAUCAAACUUAUGAUACAUGGUCUGUCUCUGGUGUGAGUGCAUACAGUGGAGGGUUGUGGGUGGCAGCCUUGCAGGCUGCAUCUGCCAUGGCACGUGAAGUAGGUGAUAAGGCAUCUGAGGAUUACUUUUGGUUUAAGUUUCAGAAGGCAAAAGCUGUGUAUGAUAAAUUAUGGAAUGGUUCUUACUUCAAUUAUGACAGCAGAGGCAGAAGUUCAAGUUCAUCCAUUCAAGCUGACCAAUUAGCUGGACAAUGGUAUGCUAAAGCAUGCGGUCUUUUACCAAUUGUUGAUGAAGACAAGGCCAAAAGGGCACUAGAAAAGGUCUUUAAUUACAAUGUCUCAAAGUUGAAGAAUGGAAGGUGGGGAGCUGUCAAUGGGAUGUUACCUGAUGGAAAUGUUGACAUGUCAUCCAUGCAGUCAAGAGAAAUAUGGCCUGGAGUCACAUAUGCUGUUGCUGCAACAAUGAUCCAUGAAGAUAUGAUUGAUAUGGCAUUUCAGACUGCAGUUGGAGUCUACGAAGCUGCAUGGUCUAAAGAAGGACUUGGUUAUUCUUUUCAAACUCCGGAAGCUUGGAACAACAAGGACCAAUACAGAUCUAUAUGUUACAUGCGCCCUUUGGCCAUAUGGGCCAUGCAGUGGGCACUAACGAGACCAAACCUUCUUGACGCAAAGGUGAGACAAGAAGUGAAGGAAGAUUCUAUGUUUGUGCAGCAUUAUGGGUUCUCAAAAGUUGCUUGCCUUUUAAAGUUGCCUGAAGAGGGAAAGUCUAGAAGUCUUUUACAGGCUUUAUAUGAGUUCGCCUUGACUAGGGUUGGGAUUUAAGUCAGGUUUCCACAACUAUCCAGAGGCCUAUAAAUCAUUCUAUUUGAUUGUUGUAUAUACUAUAUAGCACCUUGAAUCUUAGUUGAGAUAGCUAUUUGAUUUACUAGCAAUGGGCCUGCGCAAUGUGUAGAUAAUUCUGUAAGCUGCUAUGUAAGAAGAUUCUAUAAAAUAUUCAAAAUAUUUUAAAGUAAUAACAUAAAGUAGUGUUGUGAUAA